AUGAUGAUCGGCGUAAAUAGUAUACUCGAUUAUCUUGAGUUAAAUACGCCUUCUAAUAAACGUGAUAUUGGAGAAUUAAUUCGUAAUCAGCGUCAAAAUAAUUCUAAAACUUCUUCAUCAACAAAGCUCAAUCAUCUUAUAAUCGAUGUCGACACAACAUUAGAACGUCUCUAUGGUGGUUUUUAUCCCGAUUGGUUAGCUGGUGGUGAAUGGUCACAUCUCUACUCAUACGUAUUAUCAUUACUUAAAACAUGUCAAGAAUUAUCAUUAUGUCUUAUAUUUUGUUUCGAUGGUACAUUGUAUCGUUCUGGACAAUCUCAAUGGUAUUAUGAACAAUUACAACAUCGAAAAAAAGUGAAUCAAAUAUUUAAACAUUUAAAACAAAAUAAAUCUGGUUUACCACGUCGUCAAUUAUGGUUAUCACCGCCAGCAUUUCAAUUAUGUUUCCGAAUUAUUUUACGUGAAAUAAAUUCAUCUCAUUUUAUUAUGUAUCAAACUUGGGGCUAUGGUCAGUGCCAACAUCAAGAACAGAUUAAGAACUAUGCUAGACAAUAUAAUCAAAAUUUAAUUGGCAUUGUUUCGUCUGACAUUGAAUUUUUAUUUUCUCCAAAACUCAAUAAUGAGAAUAUAUUAUUGAAAUAUUUUUCUUCGAAAAAUUUUAAAUUAUCAUUAAAAGGAAAAUUAACACUUGUGGAAAUUAAAUUAAAUCAGUUAAAAGAUAAAUUCUCUCUUGAUACUAAACAAUUUUCUCUUUUACUAACAUUAUUAGGAAAUCAUAUUUUACCCUAUAGCGAUUUGAUUCAUUUUCAUAAUGAUAUAGUUCGUAAUCAAGAUAUUUCAACACCAUUAUCAAAACGUAUUUCACCACAAACAAAUGGAACUAUGUCACCACCAGUCAUCGAUUCAAUAACGUCAGAAAUAAAAGUGGACGUGUGUUCUCCUGACAAUAGCACACUUGAUGCCAGUGAAGAUCAUCAACAAACAUCACCAGUUCAUUUUUCAACGCAAUCUCGUUCUAAUGGAAAUAAUCUUUCGAUAAAUUCAACUGUUGAUCAACUCAUGCCACGUCUUGUUGAUUAUAUUCGCCAACAAAGCGUAGAUAAUGAUUUUGAUUUUGACACAAUUGCUAGCCAAAUUUUUAAACACUUAACAGAUAAUGAAGCACGCCAAACGAAAACUCAGUUAUUAAUAGAUUCUUAUCAAUAUUACUCAAACGCAAUUAGCGAAAGCCAAUCAACCACAGAUUCUUUGGAAUCAUCAGAAACAUCUAUUUGCUCUAAUUUUUCUUCUAGUCAAGUAUCUGUGAAUAAAUCAGAUGAAAAUCAAAUAUUCGAAAAUUGUUCAGGUGUGAAUAUCGAAGUAAUACGUACAGCUUUUAAUCUACACAAGCAAGGCUUAAUGAUGCCAUGGAUAUUUCAAUGUCUUUACAAACACGAAAUAACAUUUCCUGUAACUAUUGAACCAGAAAUGUGCAAUACAAUUCCAGGUGUAUGUGAAUUUUUUCGUCCAAUACGAAAAUAUGUUUAUUCGAUUUUAUUUGAUUCUAAAACAAUAAUACGUGAACAAGCUUAUAAUAGUGAACAUGGUUCUUAUUUAACAGAUAUUCAUUGUGAACAAUUAUCAUUGAAACAUACAAUUGAACAACUUUGGUUCGGUACAAAUCCCGAUGAAGAUCGUCAUUUACGAAUGAAAACAUUUUUGCAAUCAUUAUAUUAUUGUGAUUUACCUACAAUGUAUUCCAUGUCACUUGAUUAUCUUAUUUUUUUAUGUAUAUUACGUUAUAUAUAUAUGGAAUUUUUUCGUUAUUCAUCAACAUCAGGUAUUUUACAAACAUACGAAUUAAUGGCAUUUAUUUCUCAAGCCGUUCUUAUAACGGAAUUGCAACCAAAGCCAUUAAUGAAUUUACAAUCAACUAAUUUCUUAAAUCAAUACGAUCAUAUACAAAUAAUUAAUUAUGAAACUCGUCCAAUACAAUUGGCACAUCUAUUUAUGCGUGGAUUUGAAACUAUUCUAUUUGCUAAUGAAGUAUGUGGUGCACCAGUGCAUCCGAAAUAUUGUUGUCCAUCGCAUUUUUUCAAUGGAAAAUUAUUUCAUCAAAAAUAUUUACAAGCUCAAUACUAUCAACAAAAUCAAGAUUUAAUGAUUAUAUUAUGUGAUGGAAAUGCUCAUUUUGCUCAACUUGGCUCACAUUUACUUGAUAUUAUAUUGGAUCGAACACCAAAUGGAAAUUUUCAUCAUACUCCAAUGCAAAAACAACAAUAUCAAUAUCCGACAGCAGCACCACCACCACAACAGCAGCAGCAACAACGUGCUUUGAAAAAUCCAUCUCGGCAGGGACAACCACUUGUAGCGAAUUCGACACGUACACUGAUGCGUAACAAUAAUAAACCAUCAACAAAAAAUGAAUUAAAUAAUCAACAGCAAACACCAAUUUCAAAUUUUCGCCAACAACAGCAACAACCACCUCCGAUUAAACAACAAGCUGGUUAUACGAAAACGGCUGGAACGAUGAAUAAUAAUAACAAUGUCACUCCAUUCAAUGUUAAAUCUCAUCAACAAUCAAUGAAAUUCAAUACUCAUCCAGUACAAAAUAUGAACUAUGCUACACCUCCACCACCACUACAACAUAAAUUACCUACUGAACAAUGGGCUGCCCCACCAACGUCGGCAUUACUCCCGAAUCAUUUACAUAUGCAGCCACAACAUCAACCAACUAACUCAAUACAUAAUAUACAAUCUAUACCUCUUCAAUAUCAACAACCAAUGACUAAUAAUUUUAUUGAUUCUCACGAACAAUUUAUUCAUCUUCAACUUCAUCCACAAUCAAUGCCAACAACACCAUCACCAAUGCCAUAUCCUCAUGCAACGCAAAUAAUAAAUCCUCAUAUUCCAAUGGCAGCCUACAAUCAUCUUCAUCCACCACCGUAUACCAUUCCCAAUGGACCAACAUUUUAUCAACCUUCGCCGUCAUCAACAAAUUCUUUUCAACAACCAAUAGCAACGCCAUAUCAUCCUCAUCAUCCACAAAUAGUACCUGGCCUUCCGCCACAUGCACCUAUUGCUCCACAACGAACAGCUAAUUUUACAACAGUAAUUUCAACAACAAAUAAUAAUAAUAAUAAUCCUAACCAUUAUCAACAAUCAGCACAAUGUAUCUCACAAACUUCAAUGCAAACACAGGAAAUGAAUCUACAAGCAUUACAACAACGUAUUAUUGAACAGCAAAAACAUCAACAAACACCCAUAUCAAUUCAAAGACAAAUGAAUCGAUUACAUGCUGUUGAUUAUACUCAAUACGAUAUUCAUCGUUCGACACAACACAAUGAAAUUUCAGUAGGUGUGCAAUCCUGUCAUCACCCGUCCAUGAUUGUCGAUCAUCAACAACAACGACCGCCACCACAUGGAUUUUGA